GGCGGCUUGCAUGGMACGGAUUUUGCUACGGAAAAAAAUCAUUCCAAAAUUAAGUUUUAGCAAUUAUUUUAUGAAACAUUCCACAGCAGCUGAAUUUAAAACCAUUUAUUUGUCGUCCAGUAUCAUUUCCAGUAGAUGUUAUUCUUCCCAAAGCCCAAGAAAUGGUCAAGAAAACGAAGACACGACCAAGAAAAGCAAAGAUAUAGUGAUGUUAAAAACGCAAGGUCUCUUCGGUUGGCUGUCGAAAAAAGUCCAUAUGUUCCUUCUUAAAGCUUAUUUUGACCCAGAAUUUGACGAGAACGAAUUUAUACGUGGCGCAAAGCAAGCACUUGUUGUAGCAUCGGAAAUAAUUGCCGAAAAGAGAUUUGAUGAUAUGUACAAAAUCUGCCAACCAAGGCUUAUAGAUGUUAUUAAAGACGCCUCACGGACACAAGACCUAGGCCCAGCCGUAAAGGAAGCUGACAUUAUGAUGGCUAAAAUAAAAGAAAUACAAUUAGAUUAUACAGAAGAAAAGACAAAGCAAAUUAAAAUUGAUGUGACAUUUGCGUGCCGUCCCAAASAUCUAGGACCUGUUGAGCAAGUAAUAGGAAAUGUAAAGAUCAUUUUUGUCAAGCAGCCAAGGAUCGUUGAGUAUCGCUUCCGUAAGCUCUGUGUGCCAGAUGAAGAUAGUUGGCUCAUUGACGGUGUUGGUAUUCCAUGAUAUCCUAAUAUAUAUCUGGGGAUAAGUGGGGGAAUGAAAGAGAAAAAUGUCAAGAUAACCCAUUUAUUUUUAAGAAUUGAAAAUGGGAUUUACAAAUAUUUUAAGAUUUGUUUUAAGAUUUUUACAUAAAUCAAAUCAAAAAUCUUGUYGUAGACAUGCUGUUGUAACCUGAGUAUCAGGCCUYGGAGGGGGUCUGGAGAGAGGGAAAGUGAAAGGGCAAAAUGAAGGGCUCUACCUUUUUCUCUUCUCCAUUUUUUUCUCUCAGAGAGACUGAUACUGAGGUUAAAUCUGUUGGAGUUAGAUUUGGUUUGCUAUUACAGUGCRAAUUGAAAAACCAUGGGCRCCUAGAAAUAUUUCAGGWAUGUUCAUUGUUCAUUGACCAAUCAGAAGCAAGAUUAACCGUCAUCAAGUGCAUUUUUACGUGCAAAUUGAAUCAAAACUUCAACGUUACAAUUAAUUAUUUUUUAAAUAAUUAGUUUAUCACCAAAAAACGGCCUAUAAAAGCUCACAAAUAGUACAAUUUCGUUGUUUAGAAUAAACACAAAGUUUGUCCAUUUAUGUUUUCUUCAUGUUUUCUUAUUUGUCAGCUUAAGUCAGGUUUCAAGUACACAUUCCCGAAAUAUUUCUAGGCGGUCAUGKUUUUUCGAUUCGCACUGUAAAUUAUACCAAGGAUUAUUAUAAUAGAAUGGACCAAGUUACAUACUUAUGCCAAGCACAUUUUUAAACCAUUGCUAAUUGGGAUUUGAACAACCUGGCCCACGUUGAAAGAAGUAGUUGGGUUCAAAAAGGCUACAUACAUUGUCAGCACCUGAAAAGGACCAUGGGAUAGCAAAUGAUGCUUUUUUCUAAUGUCAUGGACCUAUAACUGUGUUUCUGUGCCAAAUGAUUUCCUGCUUUGAAUAAGAAUGACCUGUGAGUAAAGCAAAUACGGUCGCAUAUAUUAGGCAAAUAUGAAUUGAAUGUUGAGUACCUACAGUUUAGUUUAGUUUAARUUUAGUUUAAUGAGGUUUGUCACUAAAUACAACAUACUAAACAAACAAAAAUGCGACAGGAGGAGAAAGUGGUGAAAAAUAUAAUAUAAUAAACUAAAUAAAAUACGAGAAUUAUGGUGGUCGGUAUAGAUCUAGUUUGGCCUUGUACAAUCCCUUUCUUUAGUUGAUAUCAACCUUCUUGUGACCUGACAAUGUUUUUUUCAAUUAGGUUAAUACUAAACAUGGUUUACAUUGCUAUGUGACCAACUUACCUAGACAAAAGUUGGAGCUUAAAUUUGAAAAUAUUUGGCACAAGUAACACAAGUACAAAUAAGCCUAAUAUUUUAUUGACUGGCAAACUAAGUCAAUAUAUAAGUAUAUUGACAUAUGGAUAAUUAUUGUAAUUAUUAUUAUUCUUGAAAGUAAUUCUUAAUGGCAUGCGAAGAGAAUCACUUAAUUGCUUGUAAACUUGGUAGCAGUGUUUUACAAAUAUUUUUCAACAAAUUAAAAUUGAAUGAUGAAA